GCGAGAACAUCGAGUAGGAAAAAGGCUAGCCAAGACAUGUCAGCCCCCAAGCGACAAGACACCCGCAAGCUCUUCGAGAACUUGUCUGGCCAAGGAAAGUCCAUCGGGGUGCUUACCAGCGGCGGAGAUGCCCAAGGGAUGAACGCGGCAGUCCGGGCGGUGGUCCGCAUGGGAAUUUAUGUGGGAGCAAAAGUCUACUUCAUACAUGAGGGCUACCAGGGCAUGGUGGACGGCGGCGCCAACAUCGAGGAAGCGUCGUGGGAAAGCGUUUCCAGCAUGUUGCAAGUGGGCGGCACGGUGAUCGGCAGCGCUCGUUGCAAAGCCUUCCGCAACCGCGAGGGUCGCCUGGAGGCCGCGCGCAACCUGGUGCUGAAGAACAUUAGCAACCUUUGCGUCAUCGGCGGAGACGGAAGUCUGACCGGGGCCAAUCUCUUCCGGGAGGAGUGGAGCGGACUCCUGGACGAGCUAGUGCAGAAGGGCGCCAUCGGCGAGGAGGCGGCACGCAGCAACUCGGUCCUGCACAUCGUGGGCAUGGUGGGCUCCAUCGACAACGACUUCUGUGGCACCGACAUGACCAUCGGGACCGACUCGGCGUUGCACCGCAUCAUCGAGGUGGUGGACGCCAUCAUGACCACGGCUCAGAGCCACCAGAGGACCUUUGUGCUGGAGGUGAUGGGUCGACACUGCGGAUACCUGGCGUUGGUCAGCGCUCUGGCCUGCGGAGCUGACUGGGUGUUUUUUCCUGAAAUGCCUCCCGAAGACGGCUGGGAGGACAACAUGUGCCAGAAGCUCUCUGAGAACCGCGCUGACAAAAAAAGACUCAACAUCAUCAUCGUGGCUGAAGGCGCCAUCGACAGCCACAACAAAGCCAUUACGCCCGACUACAUUAAAGAUCUGGUGGUGCGCAACUUGGGCUUCGAUACCAGGGUGACCAUCUUGGGCCACGUGCAGCGAGGAGGAACCCCGUCGGCCUUCGACAGGAUCCUGGCUAGCCGGAUGGGCGUGGAGGCGGUGCUGGCCUUGCUGGAGGCCUCUGCUGGCACGCCCGCCUGUGUGGUGUCGCUGGUGGGCAACCAGGCCGUACGCUUGCCCCUCAUGGAGUGCGUGCAGAUGACACAGGAAGUGCAGAAGGCCAUGGAUGAAAAGAAGUUUGAGGACGCCGUCAGGCUGCGGGGCAGGAGCUUUGAGAACAACCUGACCACCUACAGACUUCUCUGCAACCACAAGGCUGACUCGGAGCUUCCGCACAGCUCCUUCAACGUGGCGGUGUUGAACGUAGGGGCGCCCGCCGCCGGGAUGAACGCGGCCGUGCGCUCCGCCGUCCGGGUGGGCAUCGCCGAAGGCCAUAAAAUGUUUGCGGUGAGCGACGGCUUCGAGGGAUUUUACAAAGGCCAGAUCAAGGAGAUCAAGUGGGGUGACGUCGGAGGCUGGACGGGACAAGGAGGCUCGCUGCUUGGCACCAAACGAACACUUCCCGGGAAACAUCUGGAGCAGAUCGCCCAGCAGAUGGCCGCCCACAACAUUAACGCGCUGCUCGUCAUCGGGGGAUUUGAGGCCUACAUGGGACUGCUGGAACUUUCGUCGGCACGGGACAAAUAUGGCGAGCUGUGCGUGCCAAUGGUGAUGGUCCCCGCCACGGUGUCCAACAAUAUACCGGGCUCGGACCUCAGUAUCGGUUGCGAUACGGCGCUCAACGCCAUAACGGAUACGUGCGACCGCAUCAAGCAGUCGGCCAGCGGCACCAAGCGUAGGGUGUUCAUCAUCGAGACCAUGGGCGGUUACUGCGGCUACCUGGCCACCGUGGGCGGGCUGGCGGCUGGCGCCGACACCGUCUACAUCUAUGAGGAACCCUUUGACAUCCGAGACCUGCAGGGUAACGUGGAACAUCUGACGGAGAAGAUGAAGACCACCAUCCAGAGGGGUCUGGUGCUCAGGAAUGAGAACUGCAAUGAGAACUUCACCACCGAUUUCAUCUACCAACUUUACUCAGAGGAGGGUCGAGGGGUGUUUGACUGCCGAAAGAACAUUUUGGGACACAUGCAGCAGGGUGGCUCUCCGUCCCCCUUUGACAGAAACUUUGGCACCAAAGUAGCGGCCAAAGCAGUCCAGUGGCUCACCAAGACCAUGAAGGAGUCUUUCAAAGGAGGGCGAGUGUUCGCCAACUCCGAGGACAGCGCCUGCCUGCUGGGCAUGAGACGCCGAGCGAUGCUCUUCCAGCCCGUGGCGCAGCUCAAAGACGAGACCGACUUUGAACACAGGAUCCCCAAGGAGCAGUGGUGGCUGAAGCUCCGCCCCCUGAUGAAGAUCCUGGCCAAGUACAAGACGAGCUACGACGUGUCCGACUCAGGUCAGCUGGAGCACGUUGGCCGCUUCCGGGCCAAAGAAGGCGACUCCUCGGCCACUAUCUGAACGUCUCAUUGGCUGCUGCUAUCUUAGGCACAUUUAACAAAACACGCGUGCACAAAAUAUGAUAUAGAAAGUCACAUGCUGUUACUCUAAUUUAUUGCAGAUUGAAUAUAUUCUCAAAUGAUGCACUUGAAAUGACGUACUGAAUGGAGCACUACAAAUGUAGCCUUAUCUUGUUGUUGUUUUGUGUUUGUUGUUGCUCAUGUGUCGCAAACGUUGGUGUGCAUAAGAGUUCUGUCCCUUGUGUGUCAGUGUGUGUACACAGUAUUAAAUCUUUGAUUGUGA